UUUCGGUUGGAACUUGGAAUCAUACUCGCCGUUUCAAUUUGCAUAAAGUUUCAUAAGAGUUCUCGUGUUGGUAUGGGGUUAAGUUUGUUAUUAUUAGGUGAAAAAGAUUCAUUAAAUAUUCGUAAAGUACUUUAUAAAUAAACAACAUACUUUUUUAUCGCUAUGGAAGGAUCACACAUUAACAACUUCGCAUUAUCAUUUAAAAACAAUCGGUUAAGUUACUGCGGUCAAGACUGUAAAAAAAUCCCACCAGCUUUAUGGAACAUGUAUGGUGCCAAAGUCAACUAUUUAGACUUAAGUUACAACAGUAUAGAAACAUUGAAGGGGCUGGAAAAAUUCACAAGACUAGAAGAACUCAUUCUGGACAAUAACAAACUAGCCGAUACAGUUAACUUUCCCUUCCUGCCAUUCUUGAAGACACUGUCUUUGAACAAUAAUGAGAUAACAAAUCUAGAGGAUCUAGUCAACAAGUUGUGUGAUGCAUUUCCGGAGCUGACAUACCUCAGUCUACUAAGCAAUAAAGCCUGCCCAAACCAGCUCUCAGAUCUGGAGAAAGACGAGUCAGACUACCAAAGAUACAGAUAUUUUGUGAUAUACAAGUUGAAGAACCUCCGGUUUCUGGAUUCGAGGCGUGUCACGGAUCGUGAGCGUAUGGAAGCGAGCGCGCGUGGAGAAUUCAUGCGCGUACGCCGACCGACUAAUGACGUCAUUCCAAAUGAUCCCGGCUCGCCUGAGCUUCGUGCCCGUCCUCUGCCGUUAGACCUCAAUGCGCUUGGGAAACAUAAAGGUGCUUACGGUAAAUGUCUCUACAAAUACACGGGAAAGCACUCGGAGGGGAACAGAUUCAUUUUGAACAGUGAUUUGUGACAGACAGUUCUCUCUUUGUGCCAGGAUUAAUAAAAUUCAAUGUAGAACUUUUCUCUUACUUUGAAAUUGACCAUAUAAAGUGUCAAAGUUCUUAUGUGCAUGUAUUUUGUAUUUUUUUAUUGUUAAAUGCAUGUUAUAUCUAAGCCAAACAAAAUUGUUUUGAUUAUCUUAGAGGUUUUACUUUGGAAACAUGGGCAGAUGGGACUCCACUUGUCGAAAUUUUGAAUAUUUUAUGUUUUUUUUAAUAGUCCAAAUACGGAAGUUAUUGGGAGUUAUUGGGGAAGUGUAGAUAUACGAAUGUUGUUUUGGUGCUAAAAGUUGGGGCGAUAAGUAUUUAGAUAAAAAGACUGAACUUUAUAAUACUAAUACGUAAAAUAUUCGCUGCCUGAAUUAAAAAUCAAAAUUUAUUGUCACAAUGAUAGUUACUAGAUAAAAUAUAUUUCUGUUCUCAA